GAAAAAGGAAUUGUGUGUUUUUAAUUUUGCUUGCCUCUCUCUCUCUAUUUUAUAAUCGAAUUUAUAUAGUGCGAUCGUGGGUUAAAGUUGUCUAUAAUCACAAUCACGAUCACGAUCGAUUGAUCAAUUUAUUGAAAAACCGCGAUCUUGUUUAUGAGAGUUCUUUGUGUAAUAAAUUGGAGUGUUAUUUAAUUUUUGGCUGAUUGUAACUUAAACAGUUAUUUUUUUGUUUGUGUUGUGAGAAUUUUGAAGUUGGAAAAGAUCUUGGCAACAUAAAUCAAAUCACAAUCAAGGAAAAUAUUGAUCAAGGGGGCGGGGGGCUCUCGUUACUUUAUUUUUGAAAAACGAACGCAAAACAUUUCCAAGUGGAUUACCUUCGAACUUUACAACACCAACUCAACAACAUCACAAUUGGAUAAAUUUAAGCAUUGAACUUUUGCCGGAUUGGGAAGAAGUUUAUUUUAAAAAAAUUUUUCAUCUAGAAUGAUAAAGAAUUGCAAACAAUUCAAAGCAAAUAAAACAAACAAAUCAAAUGGACUGCAUGAUCUUGCCUUAAAUGAAUAAAGAGGACCAAAAUACUUGCCCUUGGUAUAAAACUUACAUAAACAUCGCAAAUCAAUCAACGAUUUUGAUCUAAGAAAUCAAUAAAAAUAAAACACAAUCAUCAAAGGACGAUAUCUUUUCCAUCAACAUGUUGCUAGAUAGUAAUAAACUUUUACUGUCAGUUCUUCAGCUCUUCACAGCAACAACGCUCAUCAAUAUAAUUCUAUUUAGCAGUUGUUGCGUGAGUGUGAAUUCCUUGCCAAUUACAUCAAAACCCAUCGAAAGUACGGCUGAGAAUUUAGCGUGGGAAGCAUGGCUAAUGGUUCCAGUGGGUCAACAACAAAAAUCCCGAAAGGUCACACCAAAAUCAAUAUUCAUUGUGCCACAUAAGAACAAUCAGUCGGUAUUAUGUCCACCCGGAGAACAUUGGUCUCAAAACCGUUGCAUACCCACAGUGGCUAUAGACACCGAUAAGGCAUUGCUCAAUACCCUCAGUCAAUAUGCCCCACCAUCAUUCGACUAUGACUACGAUUACGAAGAAGAGGGCAAUUUAACUCCCGGGGCUGAGAAACUUGAAGGCAGUGCUGAUACGAAUCCAUUUUCGGUUGGUGAUUUUGCGGAUGAACCUUUGAAGUUCAACAUUUUCAGUGAAACCUUCCCGAUUGGAUCUUCAUCUGGUUCAGGUGAUUCGAGUGGCCUCAAAGACAGCGACGAUGAGAAUGUGUUCUUUGUGAGUGAACGCCGUCGUCGACCACCUACACCACCUGAUAUGGCUCUUCCAGACCUAGACACCGAUAGUUCAAAUUAUGGUCAUGGUCCUUCAAACAAUGAUAGUGAAAAUGGAGAUUUCAAGCAUCCCUCAGAUGAUGGAACAACUUUGUUUUUGAGUGGAAUCGAUGCUAUCCUGGUACCGGCUGUGUCCAAAAAUCAACACAAGGAUCAGAGUAUAAAUUUCUCGAUUUACCAAGAGACUUUGAAUGCAACCCUGAUGCCUCAGGUUAAUACAACUUCCAUCACUGAUGAUGAGGUAAUAAAUCAUGAAAUCGAUGAAAUCCUGAAAAAUGAAUCAUUAAUCUUGCAUGAAAAUGCUGAAGUAAAACCCACUACAAUUUCGAGUACAACAAUAAAAACGACAACAGAGAGGAAUGAAGUUAAAACAACAAUUUCUGUCUCCAAUUUAGAUACCACAACAACAAUUAAAUUGGAUGAAUAUGAAGACUAUGAUGGUAAGACGGAAUUCACAAGAAGCAUUACAGAUUUACCACCAAUUGCUGAAGAAACUUCACAACCAACAAAUUUCGAAAAAGAUGAUGUUGAUAUUAGUACCAUGAUUGUUCCAAAGGAUGUUGAACCAACCACCACAAUGAUCAUCAAUGAGGCAAAAGAAGACAUCACUACCAUUACAUCACUGAAAAAUGAAGAAAUCACGUCUUCUAACGUAGAUGAAGAUAUCACUACGAUCACAGUGCUUCCAAAUGACGAAACAACUACUAACACACCACCUGCUGAAGAAAUCGCUAUUCCAAAAGAAGUACCUACCACAAGUGAUGUACCAAUUGAAGAGACAACAAUUUUAACCACUCCAACGUCUGAAAAAGAAGAUUCAUCAGUUAUCAAGAAGAUUGAAGAACACAAAAAUGUAUUUCAUGAUUCUCAAUCAAGUGUCUCUAACGAUCGAUUUGUGUACCAUCAACUGACCGAAGAGAAUGCAUCACCACCAGUUAUGAAUAUUGUGGAAGAAUUGAGGAAGAUCAACGAUCUUGUCGCUAAAAAUAGUCGACAAUCUUCAGCAACAACAACACCAACAACACCAACUCCAAUAACCACAACAACAACAACUCAAAAUCCCAGUGAAGAAGAAAUUCUAAAAGCAAAUGCUCUCUUAUCGAAGAUUAUUCUCGUUCCGAAUGCAUUGACAUCAUCUUCAGAGAAUCCAGUUCCACUGUCAAGUACUUCGACAGUAUGGAGCAGCAAUAGUACCAGUCGAAAUAUUUUAAGUAUAGAUAGUAGCAGUAGUAGUAGCAGUAAAAGUAGUAGUAGUAGUAGCACUAGUAGCAGCAGCAGCACAGUUUCUUCAACGGAACAAAGCCAAGAAUCCACAUCGGAUCCAUCAUCUUCCACAUCACCAAAACCCGAAAUCAACGAACCCGAUCCAUAUUGGUGGUUGCCAAAUAAUUGGUCAAUGGAACGAACAGAAGCCGAUCGGCCAUUAUUGUUGAGAUUUUGGUCAGCAAUUUCGGGAAUCAGUGGAAGUCAAACCAAAGUUUAAUUAAUAAUUGUAAUUUAAAAAAAAAUUAAAAUAUUUUACAAAUAAAAUAAAUAAUAAAAAAACAUACACAAAAAUAAAAAAUUAUUAUUAUUAAUUUAAAUAAAUAUAAAAUGCAUGCAAUGUAUGUGUAAUCAAAGCCAAAAGUUAUGGGAGAAUAUUCUCUCCCAUGACAGAGAUAUGUUAGGAACGUAGUAAAUAAAAUUUUAUUUAUAUAAAUCAAUAAAACAAAAAUAACAACAAUAAAUUUAGCAUUUAAUUGUAAAAUAGAAACAAAUAAAAAAACACAA